AUGAUCCCUCGGUGGGUCGGCUCAGCAGAAAUGAUCAUCCAAAGCAAUUUCUUGGAUCUUCCCCUGGAAGCUUUGCCCUCCCCGCAGCUGCUGCAUCUGUCAUGCAUCCCGACGCAGGAGGAGCUCAGAGGGGCUGAGCAGGCCCCCGAAGUACCAGCCCGCGGAAGCCCGGCGGCCCUGGCCCACCACGCCGAGCGGCUCGGCGGGAGCCUGCGCUGCACCAGGGGAGGGGCUGAAGGCGAACAGCUUUUCCUGGAGACUGUUCAAGUGGCUGCCAGGCCGGCUGGAGCUGGGCAAGCCGCGCGGCCUUCGCACUGCCCCCGCUGCAACCCAGCUAGAGAAGAGAGCCUGGAGUCAGUGUUCACGGCGCAGUGUGGGCAUUGCCCCAGCACGAUGAAAUGGCAAUGGGCCCGCUCUCGGGGCCGAGCUGGGAUAAUGGGCUCUUAA